CUGACUGUUCAACAAAAAAGGUCAAUUAGGUAUUCUGAAUAACCCUCAUCAACAUCCAAAAUGGUGAAAACAGAUCUCCAUGAUCUCUCUCUAUAUAUACAUACACUUUCAUGGAUCAUAUAUAUAUAAUACACACAAGGGUUCUCCUUCAUUACACUCCUUGACUGCAAUUACUUGACAAACAGAUUCUGAAACCAAUUGAUUAAGCAGCUAAAGUAGCCAUGAGUAGAGGUGGAAGCUAUGGUGGAGGGCAGAGCUCAUUGGGCUACCUUUUUGGGUCAGAUGAGAAACCAAGUGCACCGCCAUCUUUGCCGAAAAUCGAGCCUCCAUAUGGAAUUGAAACCAGCAUAGAUAAGCCUCCGGAGAGUGGUUCUUCUUCUUCUGGCAAACAAAAAGCUUCCAACAACUAUCAGCGAGCUCAAGGCCAAAAUUUGGGCAACUUUGUUACUGAUCGUCCAUCAACAAAAGUUAAAUCAGUUCCAGGAGGAGAUUCAUCGCUUGGAUACUUGUUUGGUGAUAAGUGAUAUGCCUUUUUUUUUUUUUUUUUCCGAUCUCCCAAUCUGAACACUCAAAUUAAGCAUAGUUGGCUGUGUUAUGUUAUCUAAACCUGAAGAAAUAAGGACAUAUUUUUGUGUGGAUUAGGGAAGAAAUGUUUAAUAAGGGAUUCAGGGUUCCCACCUAUAUGUAUUUAUGAAUAUAUACGUAUAUGGUGGAUUUGUAAUGGUCUUUCUGGCAUUAUAUGGUGUUUGUGCUAAUUAAGUUUGUCUUAGCUAGAUUGAUUAUAUAAUAAAAAAUGGAUUUUUAUGAUCA